ACAAUGAAAUGUGUAAUCAUUGCCCUGGCUCUCUUCGUCGCCUGCUGCCUGGCCAUGCCCCAGGAUAAAUAUACCACCAAAUAUGACAACAUCAAUUUGGAUGAAAUUCUCAAAUCGGAUCGCCUAUUCAACAACUACUACAACUGUCUAAUGGAUCAGGGAAAUUGUACCCCCGAGGCUCGUGAAUUGAAGAGGAUUUUACCCGAUGCCCUGCAAACGGAAUGCAGCAAAUGUAGCGAGAAACAAAGAAAAGGAGCUGAGAAAGUGGCCCGCUAUCUAAUCGAGAAUAAACGUGAGGCCUGGAAUAAUCUACAAGCUAAAUACGAUCCACAGGGUGUCUACUAUCAGAAAUAUAAGGAUGAAGCUGAAAAGCGUGGCAUUAAAGUCUAA